AUGCGUGACAAGGACCUGACUAUCGCUGUGCUUGGUUGUGGUAGGCAUGGCUAUGCGUGCCACCUUCGGGAUGCUUGGCUAACACCUGGCAGGCAGCUUGGCAAAGCGAUCAUAUGUGGUCUACUCAAGCAGUCCGAUGUCUCAAUCAACAGCAUUGAGGCAGCAGUCAACAGCGACACGUCGAAGGUUGACCUCAGCAAGCAGUUGCGCGAAGGCGUGAGAGUCAGCAAAGGAGGAAAUGUGAAGGCAGCAAAUGCGGCUGACGUUGUUAUACUGGCAUGUCCUCCCAGAGCAAUGACCUCGAUACUUGGGGAACAGGGCAUGGACGCGGCUCUCAAGGGCAAGCCACUCGUCAGCGUCCUAGCCGGAGUCACAACGUCCGCCAUGGAAGAUGUUCUGAAGGGCGGUGGAGAUGCUCCAUUCUGCAUAUUUCGCGCCCUUCCAAAUCUUGCAAUUGCAACAUGUGCAUCAGCGACGGCGGUUGAGGCGCCGAAGUCAUCGAUACCAAGGGAGAUGGUGGACGUUAUUGACAAGCUCUUUCGGAGCCUUGGUGGCAUCACUUACGUUCCGGCCUCGAAUAUGAACGCAGCUACAGUAAUGUGCGGAUCGACACCAGCCUAUGUAGCACUGUUUCUGGACGGAAUGGUGGAUGGGGCUGUUGCGGCCGGCGUACCACGAGACAAGGCGAGGUCCAUGGUGGCACAGAUGUUGUCGAGUACUGCUGCUCUUUUGCAGUCACACAGUCCGUCCGAGCUCCGAGAGUCGGUGUGUGCCAUGCCGGGCUGCACGAUACAAGGUAACUUGGUAUUGGAGGAGGGCUGCAUCAGAGGCACCUCCGCGCGUGCGGUGAAGACUGCCAUAGAUGCUGCUAGCAAGCUAGGCUAA